AAGCUAAAGUUUGAUUUGAAUCCCGAAGCGUCUUGUGUGGAGUAUUUUGGACCUCAGAUUUUUGUCUGGUUGAUGUUCACACACCUUCAAAAUCUCCGAGAUUCUCUCACAAAUUACUUGCACUAAAACCCCUUCUUUGUUCAGACCAAAAAAAAAAAAAACACCUUCUUUGUUCACCAGGGUCCAUUUUUGGUAGUUCUUGUAUCUCUGACUGUAAUUGCGGAUCUCCAAUUUUCUUGGAAAUCCAUUAGCAGAUUUUUGCAUUACUUCGUGCGUAUCUCUUACUUCCCUGAAUUCCGGCUAAAAAGUUUGGAUUUUGAGAAUAAUUCUGAUCUGUGUUUAUCAUAAAAAAAAAAAAGAAGGUGGUUUGAGCUUGAGCUUUUGAGAGAGGAUGGUAGGGGCUUUGUCUGUGGUGGGUUCGUCAGUCGUGGACUCGCAUACUUGUCCAUGCUUGUGUUUGGAUGCACUGCCUACAACUGCUAUGAAUCUCAAGAGUGGUGGAGAAGUUGUUUUGCAAAGGAAUUCAAUGGCCAAGAAGCGUUUGGUGAAACCGGGUUCCUUGGAAUUGAGCAGUUCAUUUAUUGAUUCUGGGCUUGACAAGCGGCUCUCAAUGAAAGCUCUUCCGGGUAUUGUCAAUAGGAGUAUGAGGAAAAGAAAGAAUAGGAGUUUCGUGAUUGUUAAUGAACUUGGCGGGCAAUAUGAAGACACUUUUGAGGAUGUUAAGACGCAACUACUCAACUAUUUUACGUACAAGGCUGUGAGGACUGUCAUGAGCCAGCUUUAUGAGAUGAACCCAACACAAUAUAGGUGGUUUUAUGACUUUGUUGCAACACACAAUCCUGGAGAUGGGAAGCGAUUCAUCCGUACCCUCGGGAAGGAGAGGCAUGAACUUGCUGAGAGAGUAAUGGUCACACGACUUCACCUCUAUGGUAAAUGGGUCAAGAAAUGCAAUCAUGCCGAAAUAUAUCAAGAAAUCUCUGAUCAGAACUUGGAGUUGAUGCGUGAACGGCUUAUCGAGACUGUGAUAUGGCCCUCUGAUGACAACACGGAGAAGAUUGGCUAAGAGUGAUUGUAGCUUUCAUCAAAUGGUUGAGUCUUCUUACCGUGUUGUUCCUAGACUAGGUAUUUUUCUCUUUACAUACCAGAUUGGUUCCAAUCUGUCAUUUAUAUUAUUUGCCACCAACUAAUAAGUUGCUGAAAAUUGUCUACUGUACAUUGUAUAUAAAAUGCCAUCCGCCAUGUUACAUUA